CUCACUUCAGUGACUGCAUGACUCUGUCUGGUGUGUGUUAUUUGUGCAGCAGUCUUUAUAGUUUAACUUUACAGCUGAGUGACAAGCUUUGAUUACUUUUAUUUAUAUUUUUAUUUUACUUAAGUAAGGUACUUCUAUUUUUAUUUAUAUCUUUUUUUUUCCAAAUUUUCAAAAAUAGAUUGAUUUGGAAAGUAUAUGGAUCCAAAGUUCAAGUCCACUGAGUAUGUAGAUCCGAAUGCGGAGACACAACCGCCAGAAGAUAUUGACACUCAGGAGCCAAGCGGUUACGAAUACGAGGUUUUCGGUCAACAGAUUGAGGGAGAUUCCGAAGAAGAAUAUAUCACACUAAGCUCUCAAACAUACGUAGAUUCUGAUGCAGAAACGCAGCUGCUAAAAGACACUGACACUCAAGAAUCGGCCAAGGACACCGUGACUCGAGAAACAAGCUCUUACGAGGUUUGCGGCCAAAAGCUUGAAGACUAUACAGAAGAAGAAUUCAUUGAGCUAAGCUCUUCACCUGCAGAGGGUCCUUUUGAUGCAGCGGAAGAUAUAACUUCAAGUCCAAGUGAAACCCCAUAUGAUCUGACUUUUACAGCCAAAGAUACUGCUGCUGGUACAAGCGCCACACCAUUCAGUCUGACUUUAACUCAACUCACAGAAUUUACACCUUUGGAGACUCCAGGUGUAACACAGUUGUCACUGUCAAUACCAGAAAUCACAACACAAGAUCUUGGACUGAAGCAUGAGCUAACCUUCACACCUCAACAGCCACAAGAGACACAGGAAAUUGAGAUUUUUUUGGGAUUUACUUGAAUAUUUGUGGCCUACUGAAAACACGUUGUCUGAUACACUAUAUUUGUGACCGGAAUACGACCAAGGAAUAACAGAAAAGGCUUAGGUAUAUAGACUUUUAGUGCUCUCUUAUACUAUAUAUACUACUGGAGUCAAGUAUGAU